GUGUGCCUUCAUCACGGUGACAUGGCUGCCGCUGUGUUGUCCUUUCUCCUCACACAUCAGUUUCACUUUAGCAGGGACGCCCCCACCCCUGACAGCCCGUGUAAUGUGAAAGUGCAAGAGGAGGGAGCCUAGAAAGGGAUGGACAGCGACGCUCUCUUCUCAUUAUAACCCUUCUCUCUUUUAUGUGCUUUAUUUUUCCAGAUCACUUAAAAUAGGACCUUUGGGGAUUUCUCGCUGUGGAAACAGCCCAUGGGGUCUCCAGAUAGCGCCCUUCCUUUUGGUCUCCUGAAUCCGAUAAGUUGUGCCUGAUUGCUCAGUGGGAGGGGGUCAGAGGUAUGUUCCCGUAAUCACUGUCUGAGGUUUCCUUUGUCUGGUCCAGAAUGGCUGCCUGUGGUGUGAACACGAAGAACAAAGUCACAGUUCAUAAGCCAGUUUGGGACUUCCUCAACAAAGAGACUCCAUCCAAACUUAACCGACUGAGAGAGGACAGUGGAGUUCGCAUCCUGAUUGAUGGUGAAACUUCUGACAUAUAUGUACUGAGGUUAUCUUUUGACAGCCACGUGCCCGCGAAUACUAUUUCACUUGUCAGAAAAGCUCUAAAAUCUUUGUUAAAAGAUACAGAGAAAGAAUUAAAAAAGUCCUGCAAACAACACCAGAUUUCAGGCUGCAUGGCUUAUACAGAUAAAAACAGUGAACACGCCGGUGAGCUACAUCUCCGUAAUGUCUAUAGCCGAGGUCAGCAAAGUACGAGCAGCCGGGGAUUACCUGGAAGCUCCAGUGGGGCAAGUGGCAGUCAUGGGAACUCACGUGACCACCGAAGAGAAGAGGUAGAAGAUGACCGAGAGAACCAAUGUCCGAUUUGCUUGGGCGAGAUUCAAAACAUAAAAACCCUGGAGAAAUGCCAGCAUUCAUUCUGUGAAGAUUGCAUCACUAGGGCUCUGCAAGUGAAGAAAGCAUGUCCUAUGUGUGGUCGUUUCUAUGGGCAACUUGUGGGCAACCAACCUGAGAACGGUAGAAUGUUAGUAUCCAAGGACUCCAGCCUUUUGCUCCCUAGUUAUGAAAAAUAUGGGACGAUUAUCAUCCAGUAUGUCUUCCCACCAGGCAUUCAAGGGUCAGAGCACCCAAAUCCUGGAGUGAGGUAUCCAGGAACAACUCGUGUGGCAUACUUACCUGAUUGUCCAGAAGGGAACAAAGUCCUGACGCUCUUUAAGAAAGCUUUUGACCAACGUUUGACCUUUACCAUUGGAACAUCAAUGACCACAGGAAGACCUAACGUCAUUACGUGGAACGAUAUUCACCACAAGACUAAUUGCACAGGAGGACCACAGUUAUUCGGUUACCCAGACCCCACUUACUUGCUAAGAGUUCAAGAGGAAUUGCGAGCCAAAGGCAUCACCGCUGACUAGAGAAAUGGUAAAACCGGCCAUCUGUGAGUGCUAGAUGGGCGCGAGAAGCGAAGGAGGAUUUCAUAACUAUACCGACCAAGCCCCCAUCUUCAGUGGAGGACACCUCAAGCUUUGAUUUCUGUUUUGCUCUCCUCCACUUUAGCUCUUUUUCGCUGAUUGGAUAUUGAAUCAGAAUCAAGACGAUAAUAUAUAAGGAGACUCGACACAGAGCAAAGAUCUACCAUGUUAAAUGUUAUUGACACGACGGACUCACCAUGCCGGUGAACCCGUCAGAGAAUUGACUGUGUCUAUGAAAUAAUACAGACAGAACGCUUGCUAAAGCACUGAUGAAUAACCUGCGGAGAUACGUCCUUCAGCGGGAUGUCCAGUUAGUCAUCCUUUAGUGUUUGGCUGUAGUUCAGAGAAAGAGAAGACAAAUGUGUGUGAUCGUACAGUGCAUUCUGGUUCCUGCAGUUCUGAUAUCCAUUUCUGUGGAAUCGUAUCAUAUUGUGAGCUUUGUAGUGAAAAAAAAGGCCACUAGAAAAGACCAGCGAAAUAGUUUCAGCACAUUCUGGAUCCUAUAGUCCUGAUAUCUCACUCACAGUGCUGCAGUACAUUAUGAGUCUCGUUAUUUUUCACGCCUCUGAUUGCCCGUUGUAUUAGAUGCUGCAGUGCUACUUCUUGAUUUAACGUAUCUUUUUCUAUUCUAUUGCUCUCUACUUUCAUUCCAAACAAAAAUAUCUGAUGGCCACAUGAAUGAGAUUUCUUAAUAUUGUUUUCUAUACAAUACGGAUGGUCAGACACAGUUGACAGCAUUCUAGCUGCUAGUUGCCAUUUACAAAAUGCAUGAUGGGAAUACGUAUUUAGCCACUCAAUUAGGCACAACACAUUUACAAAAGUAAACGUUUUUUAUUUGCCUGUUUGUGUAAUGUUUGACCCAUGAAUGUAAGAAAUGUUACCUAACCUGGGGACUCAGCUAUGUCUGGUAAUACAGUGUCAUUAACACUUCGUUUUAUUCCUUGCUGAUAUUGGGUUUCCUUUUAGCAACCAGAAAUAUGGCACAAAUAUCGUGUGAACACAACAGUAAAUCUUCAAGUAAUCUUACAAAGGUUUCUCCAUGUCUACAAAAAAAAUAAAUGCACCCAGAUAGAAAUGUCGAAUUGCUGCAAAAUUCUGCAUGCAGUUAUGUCUCGGGCAGAUAUUUACAUGACUAGAGGUGUGGUCUGAUUAGACAUUGGGUUUUGCCAUAAGAGGGUGUAAAAGAGGGAGUGCUUCCUCUGUAUAAAAAGGCUGUCAGGGGCUACUUUUGGGUAGUUUACCUCUUGGUGAGAGAUCGUUGACUACUAGACAUGCCUCUACGGCAUUUUGCUCAGUUGACAGACACUGAUAGAGGGCACAUCAUUGGACUAAGAGAAUCAGGAUGGUACAUUUGACUAAUUUCCUUCCAUCUAGGUUUUUCUGACCUAGCUAUUAGGUGGUGUUGGGAGCAGUGGUUACAAGAGAGUCCACACACAUGGGAAACAGCCCAGACAGAUCACCAGCAGAGCGGAUAGUUUGAUCCAUGACAGGCAUGAGCAGCUCAGCACAGUUUAGUUGUCCACCAUCCAGACACAGGUGGCAUCUUGAGUAGUCACCCCUGUUUCUAUGUGGACUAUUUUCAGGUGCUUAGUAGAAUGAAAUUUGGUGCACAGCGCCCAUUACGUGUCCUGACAUUGACAGCCAGCCACCGUCGCCUUCAUUUGAACUGGUGUUGUGAAUAAGAAACCUGGACUGCUAUUAGGCUAGAACUGUAUUGACUUUAGCGACGAAUCCAGGUUUUUGUUUGGGAUCCAGUUACAGUUGGGCUCAAGUAUGGCGGCAUUGUGGCGAAACGCUUCAAUCCUGCCUUUGUUGUAGAGCAAUACACUGCCCCAACUGAUCUGCGAAGCCAUCACAUAUGACAGUCAGUCACCCCUAGUAAUGAUACAAGGGACACUAUCAGCUCAGCGAUAUGUGCAGGAUAUACUGUGGCCACAUGUGUUACCUUCCAACUGGCAUUUUUCAGCAGGGAUAAUGCUAGCCCAUACAUAGCAGGGUUGCAACACUUCCUUGGCUUGCCUGGUCACCAGAUUUAUCACCAAUCCAGCUGGGACUCCAGCUUUGGCAUUCUACGAGUGUGCAGGAUCUCCAGACUGCACCAUCUGUGGGAUACCAUGCUGAACCUGUAUGUCUCCAUGCCCUAACCAUAUCUCAUCUUGUAUUCAGUCUAGAGACAGGCCUAAUAGGGUACUAGAGCCUCCUUUCAAUUGUACCCUUUCGCUCCAAUAAACUUAUCCUUUCGCUCUAAUAUUGUAAUCACUUACAUAUAUCAUCAUUACAUUCACAUAGAACAUUUAAUUCAAUUCCCACAACUCCUUCUUGGUGUGUUAUUUUUUUGUCAUUGACUGUAUAUUUACAAGUAGCCAGUGCACCCUCAUAUUUGUUACUGGUGCUUACAUUUUCCAUUGCUUUCUAUUGAUACGUAUAUGUAGAAAUCACUAUUAAAGAUUAUAAGAAUUAUGCUAUAUCCUCAAAUUGUGUAACUGGCUCUGAAAGCCUAUGGAAAAUUGUCCACCGCUUGUACAUGUAGUCUUUUAGUGACCUUUUCCUGGACUUGCAUCUGCAUUUUUGGGGAGUUUUUGCAGUGAAAACACCAGCUCCAGAUGUUACUUGAUGGAGCUUUUUUCAGGAAUUUUGUCAACACCUCUAUAGGGGAAAAGAGCAGCAAGAAAGUGCUUCUGGUAAGACACCUUCGGGGGAACUUUAUCAAAACUGGCACAAAUUAAAAAUGACUUAGUCUUCAUUAGCAACCAAUCAGCUUCAUUCUUUGUAUUUUCCAAAGGAGCUCUGAAAAAUGAAAGGUGGAAUCUGGUUGCCACGGGCAACUAAGUCAGCGUUUCUUUGCAACAGUUUUGCAAAGAAACCUCGAAAAAGUGCCACAAAAACCACAGUUGCCCCCCCCCCAAUUAUUUUUUUAAAUAAAAAAAUAUAUAUUUGUGCUGAUGCAUGUGUUUAAGGACAGUUAAAGAUGUUUGUGAUGAUGUGUUCAGUGCAAUAUUUCUAAUGCAGGUUGGGAUUCCACUGUGGUGGGUAUGGGCACAUCUCUGUAAGCUGUGGUGGACCUCAGGUCUGAUGUUCCAAGCUGACAACUUCAUAUUAUGGCUGCAAGUCCCAGCUCAACCCAACUGUUGGUCUAAAGACCCGAACAUCGUUAUUGGAAUCUGUGAUGGUGUCAGGUUGGGUCAUUAGGCCAGAAAUCACUGUAGAAAUUGUGUAGUAUUGGCCUCAAUUGUAGGGAUGUAACAGAGCAUUAGUCUGCUUUUCUCUUAACCCCUGUUGGUGAACUAUUUCAUAGAAGGGAAAAUUCAGAAGGCUCCAUUCCCCUGUAUAACAUCAAAGCUACAAUGCGUUUCAUUUUUAUUACAUUUUUUUUUAGAUUUUUCAGUUUUCUGUUUUUAGCACAUUGUAUUGAUUACAUGAAUGAAGCAUCUACACACAGCAGUCACCUUCCUUUGGAGAUUAACCUCUUUUGUUUCAUAAAAAAGUUGCAUCAUUUAAAAAACGGGUAGAGACCCGACCUGUAAUGUGCAGGUUAAAAUCUUUGGACAUAUUCAACUUACAGCACAUUUCUGAAGGAAGUGGCCGUUCUGUUUUCAUGUUUGAUCAGAGUCGUAGUUCGUCUCCCCCCCACUACAAUAUCUAAUGUUCGCUGUAUGGGACCCAUUUAGGUUUGUAACUAAAUUGUAUAUGGAUGCAUAGGUUUGGUUUUGUAGCACUGCAGGAUGGUUCUCCACAGCAGCUGACAUGUUACUGUAAGUACCUGACAUGCACCUUGCUGCAUUAAAGGGCUUCUAUUUAUUGUCACCGGUGAGUAUAUGUGCCAGCAGUGUAUACGGGCAUUUAUUGUUUUAUACAUUCUCUUUGUAAAGCUGUUUGAAAAGACAAACCACCUACAGUCUGCAGGAGCUGAUCAGAGUGAUAUAUACUUUUGUGGGAAAAGCUUCAGUAAAACUUGUCAUUUAUUCAUUGAGGUCUCUACCCUUUCUGAACUUGGUUGUAAACAGGCAGGUCUUAUCCAUGAUUGAUAGCAUUCUCUGUGUGUGUAUACAGUGAGCUGUCAAUCACCUGAUAAGUCCUCCCCUGUGUACAACUGAACUCAGAAAGAGCAGAGAUGUAAAUGUAUAAAUUACAAGUUACACUAACUUUUCCCACAAAACUAUAUAUAAAUCUGCUCAGCUCCUCCUGCAGAUUGCACUGCAUUUUGUGAUGGGAGGUUCUCUUUAAACCCAUGAAACCCCCUUCUUAGUCACAGAAUGAUGGGUGGCAUAAAUUGGAUAGUAAGCAUGUACAGGCAUUUGGUAGGUGGCAAAGGUGGAAGAUCGUUAAACAUUGUUAGAGCCAGUCCACUGAAAAAAAAGUGACAAAUGUUCAUUAUGGUCAUGAUGGUAUCGUCAUGAGGAGGUUGUUAGCAGGUUUCUCCCAUUGACUCUAUGCACUUUUUAACUAUGCUAUUUCCCCUAAGACUUCAUUCACACCUAUCUAAUGUGGGACUAGUUCCUUCAGCCUUUCAAACAAAGCCUAGCUUGGUGGAAUCAGAUAGUUCCCAUCUAUUCCUCUGUUAAGAUCAAUGGAUAUAAGAAUGUUCUUAUUCUUUCCUAGGCCUCAUGCACACGACCGUUCCUUUUUUUGCAGUCCGCAAACCAC